GAUCAAUGGAGCAUCGUGAAUAUGUUAAGAACAACAUGCCAUUGAUCGGAAUUGGCACGUGGCAGGUUCAAAAAGAAGAAAUUCUUCGUCAAGUGAUUGAUGCAGGUUUCAAAGAAGGAUAUCGAUUCAUUGAUACGGCACAAGUCUAUAACAAUGAAGCUAAAAUUGGUAGAAUCUUGGAAAAAUUGCUUCCAGCAAAUGGGUUGAAGAGAGAAGACAUCUGGAUCACGUCAAAGUUAGCCCCAUCUAAUGCUGGCGUUAAGAAAGCUCGGGAAAGCAUUGAGGAGUCACUGAGCAAUCUUAAAGUCGAAUAUUUGGAUCUUUUGCUCAUUCACUGGCCUGGAAGUUCCCUGAAAAGCGAAAAUCCGGCAAACAAGAAACUGAGAGUGGAAAGUUGGAACGUUAUGUGUGAAAUGAUGGCUGAAGGAAAAUUGCGUUCAGUUGGGGUCUCUAAUUUUGAGAUUUGUCAUUUGGAAGAAUUGAAAAAAGAUUCUAAUGUUGUCCCAGCAGUCAAUCAAGUUGAGUAUCAUCCUCAUUUCCAUCAGGACGAUCUGGUCAAAUACUGUAACGAAAAUAACAUUCAUUUCCAGGCGUACAGUAGCCUUGGCAGCCCAACAUAUCGUAAACAAUUAUCCGAAGAACCUCUGAUCAAAGAACUUGCUCAAAAGUACAAUGUCGAGAUUCCUGUGCUCCUUCUUGGAUUUGCUUAUUGCCAGGGAAUUAGCGUACUUCCGAGAACUACAAAUCCAGAGCAUGUUGCUACCAAUUUUAAAGUUACUAAGCUGGCGAUUACUCAAGAAGACAUCGAUCGUUUAUUGGCUUUGACUGUCGAACACAAAACUUGCUGGGAUCCUCGCGUAGUGGUUUGAUUUCCAAAAUCAUUUAUCAUUAUAAAUUUAAAGCUACAAAUAAUCCUCUAUAUUCUAAAUAGAUGUAUAAAUUUUAAAUGCCGAGU